CCUUUUCAACGCGGAUGUGUCUCUGCACUAUAUAUCAGACUUGAGCACAGACAAUCGGGGCGGAAACCUGGACGUGCAGCUGUUCAGUAGUACCCUGUUCUUCUCAACCAGCAUCUACCUUCUCUCCUCACCAGACCCAGAGCACUAUGGCGUUACACAAGGAGUUUGAGGCCGCAGGGAAGAAGCCCGGCCUGCAAGUGUGGCGUAUUGAGAAAAUGGACUUGGCACCCGUCCCUCCUGAACUCCAUGGCAAUUUCUUCACCGGAGACUCCUACAUAGUGCUCCACACAACCCGUGCUCCUUCUUACAACAUUCACUCCUGGUUAGGUGAAGAAGCUUCCCAGGAUGAGAAGGGGUGUGCUGCCAUCUUCAUGACCCAACUGGACACCCACAUGAAAGGAGCCCCAAUUCAGUUCACUGAGUAUCAAAACAACGAGUCCCUCACUUUUCUUGGGUACUUCAAGUCUGGCAUCAAAUACAAGAAAGGGGGAGUGGCCUCAGGCUUCAAGCACGUUGUGACCAAUGAGGCAAACAUCCAACGUCUGCUGCAUGUCAAAGGUCGUCGGAUAAUCCGAGCCACUGAGGUUUCCAUGACAUGGGAUAGCUUCAACAAAGGAGACUGCUUCAUCAUCGAGCUGGGAAAGCUCAUCUACCACUGGUCCGGCAGUGAAUGCAACUUCUUUGAGCGCCUGAAGAGCACUGAGAUUGCCAUUGCAAUCCGCGAUAACGAGCGACAAGGUCGUGGUGAGCUGAAAAUGAUUGAUGAAGGCUCCGAGCCGGAAGAUGUCAUUGAAGUGCUUGGACCCAAGCCUGACCUGCCUUCAGGAACCUCUGAUAGUGAUGUGCAAACCGACACGCGGAACAAGAACCAGGCCUCCCUCUAUCUGGUUUCAAAUGCUGGUGGUUCCAUGACGAGCACUAUGGUAGCAGAUAAAACCCCAUUCAAACAAGCCAUGCUCUCCAACAGUGAAUGCUACAUCCUGGACAAUGGAGGAGACAACAGGAUAUUUGUCUGGAAAGGCAGCGCUGCAAAUAAAGAAGAGCGCAAUGCAGCACUGACUACUGCAAACCAGUUCAUCAAAGACAAAAAUUACUCCCCAAUUACCCAGAUCCAGAUACUGCCAGCGGGGGGCGAGACCACGCUUUUCAAGCAGUUCUUCUUCAACUGGUUGGACAAGGAAGAGACCACCGGCCCGAGCAAGGCCUACACCAUCGGCAGCAUCGCCAAGGUCAAACAGAUUCCCUUCGACGCCUCAAAACUCCACGGCGACGACAGCAUGGCCGCCCAGCACGGCAUGGUGGACGAUGGCUCCGGCAAAGUCAAGAUCUGGCGCGUGGAAGGAGGAGAUAAAGUACCCGUUGACCCAUCCACCUAUGGACAGUUCUAUGGAGGCGACUGUUACCUGGUGCUGUACUCUUACAACUCGGGAGGCAGAGAGAAGCAUAUCAUCUACACCUGGCAAGGGAAAAAGUGCACUAAGGAUGAACUGACUGCUUCAGCCUUUCUCACCGUCCGAUUGGACGACUCCAUGGGUGGCGCAGCUACCCAGAUCCGUGUCACUCAGGGACAAGAACCCCCUCACCUUGUGAGCGUGUUUAAAGCUAACCCUCUGGUGGUCCACCUGGGCGGGACAUCCCGUGAGUCUGGUGAGAGCAAGCCCGGCAGCACUCGUCUCUUCCACAUCCGCCGGAGCUCCACCAAAGCCACGCGGGCUGUUGAGGUGGUGCCCACUGCCUCUUCUCUCAACACCAACGACGUGUUUGUGCUGAAGUCGCCCACUUCCCUGUUCAUGUGGGUCGGGAAGGGAGCGACACCGGAGGAGAAGGCUGCUGCCAAGUAUGUCGCCGGCCUGCUUGGAGGAGCUGCCACUGAGGUGGAGGAGAGCAAGGAGCCAGCUGGUUUCUGGACAGCACUCGGUGGGAAGAAGGACUACCAGACCUCCGUGGCCCUGCAGAAGACAGUUAAGCCUCCAAGGCUGUUUGGCUGUUCCAACAAGACCGGCAGGCUGAUAGCAGAGGAGGUGCCUGGAGAAUUCACACAGAUUGAUCUGGCACCCGACGAUGUCAUGAUUCUGGACACCGGGAAUCAGGUCUUUGUUUGGGUUGGAAGCGAGGCCAAUGAGACAGAGAAAACUGGAUCUCUCAAUAUUGCUGAACAAUAUUUGAAUAAGGACCCGUCUGGGCGCCGUGGAGUCCCCAUCGCCACUAUUAAACUGGGGAAUGAGCCGCCCUCCUUCACCGGCUGGUUCCACGCCUGGGACCCAGAGAUGUGGGGGAAGGACGACGCCCAGCGCCUGCAAGACCUUAUCGCAAAGUAGAAGUGGAACACCAUGACGCUGCAAGAAAACCUGCAUAGACUCAUUACUUUUUGUAUGUCUUGACUUUAAACGUUAACAAACCAUUAGAUAUUAUGAGCUUAGCAUGCUCUGUCUGGAUGAAGGUGCAUUAAAAGUUUCCCUACAUUUGGCUGCACUGAUGUUUUCAGCACAUAAACUUUAUCUUUCCAAACACACAAUAUCUAUAAUACUAACAAUAACUCAUUUAUUUGUACAUGCUGUGUUUUCAUACUGUCUUAUGCGUUCGAAUGAGAACUGUUUAGGAUCCAGUUGUGCACUAUUUCUCCCCAAAUUCACAGAUCAUCAUGUAUGAGAAUGUUUUUCUGUUUUUCGACAAAUCCAUUUUACAGCCUAGCUUGCAAAAAAUAUAUAGAUUGAGGAAUUCUUAAUUUGAAAUAAAAACAAUAAAGAUUUUAGAAGAUUC